AUGGCGGGUCCUCCAGUGCGAGAACGAUACAACGCAAAGGCGCGUGGCGCUGUUGCCGGCGCGGACAGCCACAAGAAGAGAAAACAGAGGAGACCACAGGACAACGAACAGGCAGAGCCAGAGGAUGCGGCCACGGCAGGCAUGUCCGGCAAGAAGCGCAAGCGAUUCGAGUCUUUCAUGGCAAAGAAACUCAAGACUGAACAAAGAUACGAGACCCUCAAACUCCUUCAAUCGCUAGCACCCUCGGCGUCCACCUCUGCUUCACUGGCCUCUGCCGCCAGUCUUGGUCAACACCCCCUCAAUCCCAUCAGCGCGAAAGAGAGACAAGAAAAGCGAGAAGACAAGCUCGUGCGUAACGGCAUUGAGAGGCUCACCAGGCGAUUCGGUGAAGAGGACGAAAGUGAGGAGAGUGAGGAAGAGGAGGAGAGGCGGAUGAAGGGCAAGGGAAAAGCCAGGGAGACUGUGGAGGUGGUCAAAGAUGAUGGUGUGGAAGAAGAGGACAAGGUUGCUACGACUGUUGUGCCCAGCAAAAGUCAGCUCAAAGCCGCAGCGAAAGCUGCGUCCAAGGGGCAGGGCAAGGGCAAGAUGCCCAAAAAGGCCAACUGGAACCCCAGCCUUCCCUCGCAAAAAGCAGACUCGUCCGAUUUCGACUCUUCAGACUCUGCCAACGACUCUCCCGACGAAGCCGAGCCCCCUAAAUUGAAAUCGCCUGCCCCUCCAACACAGAAUGUAGAGGUCAAGGCAACCACGACCCCGUUGCCACCUAUCGUAACUGGCGGUGCGCUCAAAAAGUCGGCUGAUGGGCAGAUUGUUCCGCCGAGGGUGGUGGUCCGUCGAAAGAAGCCCUUUGUCUAUGGCAUGUUUGGCCGACGUGGGGUUGAUCAGCGCCCGGAGAGCGGCGAUGAUGAAGACGACGACGACGACGACGACGACGACGACGACGAGGAUGAUAGUGAUGAGGACGAAGACAGUGACGAGGACGAGGAAGAUAGCGAUGAGGAUGAAGAGAUGGAGAGUGGAGAAGAAGGAGAUUCCGCCGACAGCGACGAAGAGAGUGACUCUGAAGAAGAUGAAGAAAGCGAGUCUCCACCAAAGAAGAAACGCUCUCUCGGCUUCAAGUCCUGGGCUCUCAAACAAAUGGGUCAAACCGAAGAGCCUUCGGCCCCCGACCUCUUGGACGCUCAGCCAGCCUCUACAGCGCCGAAACCCAAACCCCUCCCUGCAGCCAAGGUCGGCGACUACAUCGGGCCCCUUGGACAAGAGCUUCACGUCCCCACGACAUCCCUUCUCGAACAACAGACCAAGGGAAGCACAGCUUCCAAGGCUCGCCCCACUAUUACUCGCCGGGCAUCCGUGACGGAAAGCAGAAUGGACUUGCCUAUUCUUUCUGAAGAACAAUCCAUCAUCGAGUCAAUCUUGAUGCACCCUGUGGUGAUCAUCUGUGGUGAGACUGGUAGUGGUAAGACCACCCAGGUACCUCAGAUGUUGUACGAAGCUGGAUUCGGGUUCAAGGGAUCUGAUAAUCCCGGUAUGGUUGCCGUCACCCAACCCCGUCGAGUCGCCGCCGUCUCCCUAGCCGAGCGAGUCCGCUCGGAACUGAACCUCUCCCCCAACAAUUCCCUGGUCGCUCACCAAAUCCGAUACUCAUCCACUACCUCUGCCCAAACUGCGAUCAAGUUCAUGACCGACGGUGUCCUCCUGCGCGAGCUUGCGUCAGAUUUUUUGCUGAGCCGGUACAGCGUCGUCGUCGUCGAUGAAGCGCACGAGCGAGGAGUCAAUACAGACGUACUUGUCGGUGUGCUCAGUCGUGUUUCCAAGCUGAGGGAAAAGAUGUGGAGAGAAGGCAAGGAAGGUGUGAAGCCUCUCAGAAUUGUGGUCAUGUCUGCCACCCUUCGAGUCUCAGACUUUGCCGAAAACUCUACGCUCUUUUCGCAAAAACCCCCCGUCAUCCAUAUCGCCGCUCGUCAACACCCUGUUACUAUCCAUUUCAGCAAAAAGACUGCUAGCGACUAUGUCACGGAAGCUUAUAAAAAGGUGUCCAAGAUUCACGCGAGGCUGCCUCCCGGUGGUAUCCUUGUCUUUAUGACGGGUCAGAGCGAGAUUCAGGCGUUGUGUCGGAAAUUGGAAAAGAAGUAUACAAAAAAGAGUGACGGAAAGAAGGCUCCUGCUGUGGAUAACACUCUACCUCCGGAUGAGCGAGAAGCGGAAGAGGUCGAGCUUGGGGGAGACCAGGAUCUCGCGGCGGAUGUUGAUGACGGGGCGGCCGAUAGCGACCCCGAAGGGCUGGACACCGACGAUGAGAUUGAAGGUAUCCCCGGCCUCGAGUUUGACGAGCCGAGCGACAUGCCCAUGCACGUCCUUCCCCUCUACUCUCUCCUCCCCAACGACCAGCAGAUGCUGGUGUUCAAGCCCCCACCCGAGGAUCACCGUCUCGUCAUCAUCUCUACCAACGUUGCCGAAACGUCACUUACCAUUCCCGGUAUUCGAUACGUCGUCGACUCUGGCCGAGCCAAAGAGAGGCAUUAUGACCCCAGCAAUGGUGUCCAGUCAUUCCAGGUUUCGUGGGUGUCGAAAGCUUCAGCGUCGCAGAGAGCUGGUCGUGCGGGUCGUACCGGACCUGGUCAUUGCUACCGACUCUACUCUUCCGCGCUCUUUGAAGACCAUUUCGAGCAAUUCUCGAAACCCGAGAUAUUGCGUAUGCCUAUUGAAGGUGUCGUCUUGCAGAUGAAGAGUAUGAACAUUGACGCUGUCAUCAAUUUCCCCUUCCCCACGCCACCAGACCGUCUCGCGCUGAGACGAGCCGAAAGCCUUCUCACCAACCUGGGCGCCCUCUCGCUUCCCGUCAAGACGAGGAUGGUGAACGGUAUUCAGCACGUUGGCGCUGCCGGUGGGCAAAUAACCGAGCUCGGUAAAGCCAUGGCCGGCUUCCCCGUCUCCCCUAGAUUCGCCAAGAUGCUUGCUAUUGGCACGCAGCACAACUGCCUGCCGUAUGUGAUUGCCAUAGUAGCCGGUAUGUCUGUUGGCGACCCGUUCUUGCACGAACAGACCUUGGAGGCGGAUGAAGAUGAGGAUGAGGCUCCUGAAAACAGACAUAUCAGGAGUGAAGAGAUCAGGGCGAAGGAGCAGAGGAAGGAGACAAGAAGCAGAUUCUUCAAGGCCCACCAGCAAUUCAUGGCACUCGGUCAAGGAGCUAGCGACAUGUUUAAACUUCUGGCAGUCAUUGGAGCCUACGAGUACAGCCCCUCGGCCAACUUUUGCACCAACAACUUUGUUCGGCUCAAGGCGAUGCAAGAAAUCCAUCAGCUCCGAGCUCAGAUAUCCUCCAUCGCCCAAACCGCCCUCACAAAGAUCACUCCUCCCAGCGACACCCAACUCAAGGUCCUCCGCCAGAUCCUCGCUGCCGGGUUCAUCGACCAGGUCGCUGUGCGCGAAGAUAUCAUCUUGAAGAAGGGAGUCACUUUUGACUCUACCCGGGGUGUUCCUUACCGAGCAGUCGGUCUUGGAUCUGAGGCUGUGUUCAUUCACCCUGGAUCUUCCCUCUUCCACCACACUCCUCCAGAGUUUAUCGUCUUUGCUGAGGUCGUCCGCACGAGUAAGCCGUGGAUGAAGAACAUCACCAAGAUCAACCCGGCUUGGCUCCCCAGUCUGGGCAAGGGUCUUUGUACAUUCUCGAGGCCCAUGGAGAUGCCGACGAAGGGCAUGGGCAAGAGAGUCGGGGCGAAUGAUAAUGAGAGAGAAGUGUUUGUGACUCCUCAUUUCAAGGAUUUGGGCGUUGAUCUGCCGGUGCAGAAGAAGACACAGAGGAGGGAAGGGACACGAUGGGUCUUGGUUGAUUGA